UCUCGGGUCUUGCGACUGGGGGUGUUCUCAUCCCAUCCACAACCUUUCGCCAUCAUCUGUUGGCUUUAGAAUAAUCGCGGGUGAUCCAUCUACCAACCAAGCCCCUCUGGUUUUCUUGUUGUGGUAGGUUUGGAUAGAAUUUGCCCCGUACCCUGCCGCCCUGCUCCCUCUCCCCUCUCUUUUUCUGCCUCGCUCUCUCUCUCCCCCCACCCAACGAGAUUCCAUCGUUCGCUCCGUUUGGCUCCGUCCCAUCCAUCGAACACUCGAUUGAUACCUUCGUCGAUGUAGCAGCAGUGUGGCAGUUGGUCUGCCCUGCUCCCCUCCAUGAUGCAGGCUAUGCAGUAUGACGGACACGCCGUCCCGGGACAGUCACCCACCUACCCGAGUCACCAUUCGCCUCACGAAUCCCCCCAUAGAACCCCCGUCCCCAAGAACGUCGCCUUCGAGCUGCUCCUCGAUGAGAACUCCAAGGUGCGGGCUCGGAUUCCCAUGCGGGUGCAGAUCUAUCCGCAUGAUACCACGGAUUCGAUCGUGACGACGGUGAAGAACUUCUACGGGAUCUACGAUGGCGCUGCCAGCGGCGUCAGCUUCGAGGACGAGCAUGGCACCACCCUCAUUGCUAGGUAUGAGAAUCUGAGGAAUAACAUGACCGUGUAUGUGCGGGUGAUCCCCGUUCAGGCCUACACGGACGACUAUGCUGAGCGGUUCUAUGGGCAUCUGCCCGUGGAGGCUCGCAAGCGUCCAAGUCUUGGCGAGCCCUUCCAGAUGCCGCCGUCCAUGCAAGCGGCGUCGGUGAUGGACCCAAGCCAACCGCCUUCCCGCCCCGGUUCUCGAGUUGCUCGGAAGCGCAGUAUGUCGCCGUCCGCGAGAAGCCGCCGGAGCGCUUCCCAGCACAAGCAGUCGUCGAAGCCUGGCAAUAAGAGCCGGGGCUCGAGCACCCACGGGAGCUUCCAUGACGAGGGAACUCCCGGAUACAGUGACAGCGAGGGUGGCUACGGCUCCGUCUCGGGGGCCAAGAAGUCUCGAAGUGAGCAGCUGGGCAGCUCGGAUAUCAGCAUGGAAAAUAUACUCCAGGAUGGCCGUCGCAAACGGCCCAAGUUUGAUAGCUCGGAAUUGCCGUUGUUUGUUCCUCCUCAGGUUCCCCUCACUACCUCUACCUCCUCGAUCUCCCCUCAGCGCCGGUCUGUCGGACAGGAAGGAGUUGUCUCCCCGUUCGCUCGCCCCGCCCAACGACCCUACAAUUACCAACAGCCCCUGCCGUCGCCGCAGAGCUACGGCCACAGCGAACAAGUAUAUGCGUAUAGCGCCCCGCGCAAUUCCGUAUAUGCCACGCCGGCCGUCCCGGACCACGGGCAUCGCCUGCGUGAUCGGACGGCGACCCAGUCGUCGGGCCAGCUGAGCAAUCCGGCGGGUCGAACCAGCGGGCCGGGCGUCUUGCCGACCCCCGACCCGACCAUCGCCAGCUGUAUCUCCGACGAGGACGUUGCCAUGCAGCUGAUCCGCCUCGGCGAUGCGUCCAACUUCUCGCAUGGUCGCACCUCUGCCUCCACGCUGGACGAUGCCUUCAGCGGCGCGGCGGAUGCAGCCUCCUCCACGGGCGCGACGAGUGAAGGCGAGGAUUUCAGCGAGGAAGAUGACGAUGACCUUCCUGCGCGCAGCCGGCAGAGACUGGAAUCGAGCCCGAUGCUCCCACCGGGUGCGACCAAACACACGCACAAGCGGUUGGAUGACAUUCUCCCCAGCUUUGACAGCUCCGAUGGCAGCUACGACGGGAUGGACGACGACUACGGACAGGAGGACCCCGAAGACGGCAUGGUCAAACACGAGGCGGAUGACGAUACCUUGUACAAAGAAUCGGCGCCCAAGCCGAAGAAGCUCAAGACGCGCCCGAAUGGCACCGCUUCGGGCAAGCCUCGCUCAUCCAAGUCUGCCCCCGUGCGCCAACACAAAGGCAGCAGCAAGACUUCCUCCGUGGCCGUGCCUCGGAAAAUCAAGUCGACCUCCAAUGGAACUGCUCACCCGAAGGUUGCCAUGUCCCCACAGAUGGUGAGCCCGGCUCCGACGAGGAAGGCCUCUACUUCUUCCGUCAACUUCCAGCCUCCGCUGGCAGCCGACGAGGAAGACCUCUCGACCAAGCCACGUUGUCAGCGAUGCCGCAAGAGCAAGAAGGGUUGCGAUCGGCAACGCCCUUGCGGACGAUGCAAGGAUGCUGGCAUUGGCCUGGAGGGUUGCAUCAGCGAAGACGAAGGGAAUGGUCGCAAAGGCCGCUACGGACGCCAUAUGGGGGUUCCGGUCAAGAAAAACCUUGAUUCGCCUACCGAGAGCACCGAGUCCCUGCCGAUGGUAGCCACGGGUCCGCUAUUCUCCGCGAACAGCGAGAAGAACAAGAAGCGCAAGCGCUAGGACUUCGUCCGAGAAAUUGGUACGCCCCGUGGGACUGGCUGGUCGCCCAUGAUUGACUCCUCGUCCUCUCUCUCUCUUUCUCUCGCUUGCCACUUUCCUGCACCUGUCUUGUCUCAAAUCAAGGCCACGACGACGGAAAUAUCUUGGAUUUGCCAGCGCUUUCCCACCGGGGCAUUCAUACACACCGCUUGAUCUUGGAAAAAAAACAAAAGCCUGCUUCAAGCACCAUCUCCUCAUCCGUCGCAUUUCCUGCUUCCUCUAUUUUCUCCCGUUUCUGUCCAAUUCCUAUUGCGUACAUUUGGUUGUCUCCUUCUUGAAACUACAGUUGUC